AUGGCUCUUGCCACCCCAGCCUUCUCCAACCAGGCGUUCUACCAGGAGCAAUUCGGCCAAUCAGACCCGGUUGUUCCCGCGCCCCCUGCGCACGGCAAGGUGGACUUCCUCCACAACAUCUGCGCUGACUGUCCAUUCAUCUCUUCAAACAAAUCGGAUCUUGAACAGCAUGCCUUGGAUGCCGGGCACUCCUCUUUCCCCUGCAUCUGUGGGGCGCAGUUCGCCAGAUCCUACUGCCUGACGCGCCACAUCAAUUCCAAGAUCGGGCCUAGCUUCCCUUGUGGGCUAUGUGACGACAAGUCCUUCCCUCGACUGGACAAGCUGGGUGACCACCUACGCCGCUGGCACAGAUUGGGAGCCAAGGCCUUCAACCAAUACAAAGGCGGAGAUUCAUGCGGUGGCUCCGUCCCACUGCCGCCCGGCGGGAACCCUCCUGUGCAGGCUGAGGAUCCCCGGCAGGCUUAUCCUGUGACACCUGGCUUCGGACCUGCGCCGAUGUUCAAUGGGUUCCUCUCGGCCCCAGGCACAGCGCCGGAUGCCUCCUCGGUUGAAUCCAACGCAAGCCCGGGUAGCUUCACAGCCGCUGACAACUGGUGGUAUUCUCAGCCGGACAACAACACGGCGUACCCAUCGUGA